AUGAUAGUCCUAACAGGCACAUCUGGUGGCCUAGCUGGCGUAGCCUUGGAAGUAAUCCUUCAAAAAAAGCUUCUUUCGCCAAAGGAGUUUCGUCUGUCCAGUGCUAGUGGUCAGACAAACUCUGAAGCGGCUAUUGCAGCAGGUGUAGAGGUACGCCGUGGCAAUAUGCGAGAACCAGACACCUUGUUGAGUGCCUUUGAUGGUGCCGAGGCAGUGUUCCUUGUUUCCUACCCGUCUGUUGGUGAGGAGAGAUACGAACUUCACCGCAAUGCCAUUGAUGCUGCCAAGAAAGCUGGCGUGAGGCAUAUUAUCUACACCUCCUUGACUUUUGGGGGUGAACAUGGGGACCAUAGUAUUGCUGGGGUGAUGGAAGCCCAUAUUAAGACUGUUGAAUAUUUGAAGUCUUCGGGUGUCUCAUGGACCAUCAUUCGUUAUGCGACGUAUGCGCAUUUAUGGAACAACUUUGCUGGCUUUCUUCAACUUGGAGACGAGAAAGAUUUUGAUGCUGUCAUUCCUGCAGAUGGGCCAAAUAGCUGGGCUAGUCGCCGGGAUUUGGGCGAAGCCACUGCCUACAUACUCAAAGAUUGGCGCGAAUACGUGGGCAAAACGAUUACUCUCACGGGGCCGCAGUUAUUGACAAUCAAGGACGUGGUCAAGCUUUACCAGACAUAUAGCGGCCGGACAGUAAAUAUUCAAGAAGUCGGAGCUGAGCGAGCAGCCGAGUACCACACAAGCCGUGGUACUCUACCGCCUGACCAGACUACAUUCCUAUCGAAUUGGACGAGUUGGCACGUGGCAAUGGCACAAGGAGAGGUUGAUUAUGUAGAUCCGAUGCUGGAGAAGCUGUUAGGCAGAAAGUCAGUCACAGUGGAAGAAAUGGCCGACACCCUGUUUAACCACAAAAAGAAUGGCCUAGACACCAAAGACUUUGUCUGA